CGAUGAUUACUUGCGAUCAGUUUGCAGCGAGUAAAGGAACACAAUUGACUUUGCAAACUUCCGAAACUGAGGCGUUCAUUGCACCGCAUUCUUCAAACUGGUUUGCUCGGUUUGCAAGGUGAACGGAUAGAGCUUACCGAUCACGAUCAUCCGCAAGGCAUUAAAAUGUGCGCCAGAGUAAUUAAAAAAAUUACAAGCUGACUUCCAAACAUCCAAAGAGAAAAUACCUCCUGCAGAUGUAUGAAGCCAGAGAAAUAUUACCAAACGUGCGAGUGACUGAGCAGAUACCGCUUUAUCAAACAAGUGAAGCCAGUAUGACAAAGAUGGUAAAGGAUGUAUCCCAGACAACGCUGUCGUCAAAUGUCGAAUCGAAGUCAGUGCUUGAAGGACAAAAGCUGCCUCAGUACCUUGCUGCAUUGUCUGCAACCCUUGGAGCACUUUGUUUGGGAGGAGUUUUAGGAUGGUCAGCUGCAGGUGGUACCUCGGGUGAAAAGUUGGCGGAACAGUACAACAUCACUAUGAGCACCUCGGACUUUUCUUGGAUCGGUUCAAUCGCUAAUCUGGGAGCAGCAGCAAUCUGUAUUCCGAUGGGAUUGAUGAUGGACGCUUUCGGCAGAAAGCGCAGCAUGCUGAUGCUGGUCGUUCCCUACACCAUUGGAUGGUCACUCGUCAUCUGGGCCAACUCGGUAGCCAUGUUUUGUGUCGGAAGGUUUCUACUCGGCUUCAGUGGAGGCGGAUUCUGCGUUGCGGUACCAGUUUACACGGCGGAAAUAGGCGAGAUGACGAUCCGAGGAAGGCUGGGGGCAUUUUACGAGCUGAUGCUGACCUUCGGAACUCUGAUCUCGUACAUUCUCAGUCCUCUAAUACCGAUAUACUAUUUGUCGAUGACUUUCGCGGUCGUUCCGCUGAUUUUCUUCACCGUGUUUUCGUUCAUGCCGGAAAGUCCAACAUACUAUUUGAUGAAGGACCGAGAAGAAGAGGCCAGGACCAAUCUUCUCAGAGUGCGAGGUCCCAAAUAUGACAUCGAACGUGAACUGCAGGUGAGGAAGUCGGCUCUUGCCGAAGAAUUGCGGUACAAAGGGUCGUUUCUCAGAGCAAUGAAGACGAGGGUGGCGAUAAGGGGCCUGUUCAUUGCCUACGGCUUGAUGUUCUUCAAGCAAAUGAGCGGCGUCAAUGCGAUCAUUUUUUACACCGGGUCUAUGUUCAGUGAAAACGGCUCCAUUUCUACGGAUCUAUCGACAAUCAUUGUCGGGAUUCUUCAGGUCGUAGCGACUUUUAUCAGCGUGCUCACCGUCGACAAGCUUGGGCGUAAGGUUCUGCUUCUGGGUUCAAUGGGAGCAAUGGCGUUAGGCAUGUUUUCUCUGGGAAUCUUUUACUACCUGGAGCACAUCGAAGUCGACGUUUCAUCGAUCACCUGGCUUCCGCUUGUAUCUGUUUGCUUCUUUAUUCUCGUUUGCGGUCUUGGUGCCGGGCCAAUUCCAUUCAUGAUGGUUGGCGAGCUGUUCUCACCGCAAAUAAAGGGCAUCGCUGGUAGCAGUGCCUGCUCCUUAAACUGGUUAAUAACCUUUCUAGUAACAAGGACUUAUAAUGACCUCGUUAAGGCCUUUGGUAACUACGUUACCUUCUGGCUAUACGGUCUUAUUUGCGCACUCGGUGUAAUAUUCGUUAUAUUCAUUGUCCCAGAGACGAAGGGAAAGCCUCUGGAGCAAAUUCAGCGAGAGCUGGGUGCAAAGACGAUUCCCGCUUCGGAAGAUAUCAUUCUGACUCACUCGUAGAUCAUCCAAUUUCGCUAUGAAUUCAUCACCGACUAUCUUGUCGCGGUAGGCAUUUGAAUACCAGUACGGAUUCACAAAACUCGUUCUCACGCAAACACUAACCCGCUCUGUAUCGUUACCUGAGUAUAUAAAUUCAUAUUCAUUCACUGGUGUAUUCAGCCCUUUAGUUUUAAAUAAUCAAACAGAAACAAGUUUGUCAAUGAUGACAGGGAAAAAUUACUUUUGCUGAACAUCGAAAUAUUUCCAAUGUAACACUAGCGGAGGAGAUAUCGGGCUGAAAAUUAUUUUUAGAAAAAUCAACCGCGAUAUGGGUGACCAGAAGCUUCACGAAAAUGCAGACCCAUUUGAAAGUCAGCGAUGGACUCCGGCUAUUUUCGCAACGCGGUAACUUUUGUACACCGAACUUGGGAAUUAUUAUUUAUCGAAUUUUCUGACUUUCAUGACAGUUGCAUCUAAUCAAUUGUAUUUGUUUCUGAGAAAAAAAAAGUCGUAAUGUUAAAAUUUAUCGUGAUUGUAGUUGCUAUCGGGUGCUUGAUAAGUUUCUUACGUUUUUUUACUAAAUUUUUCUUUCUCAUUCCAUUAUUUCUUCAGUGUAUUCUAGAAUCCUGGUGUACAAGAAUAUGGAAAUAAA